CUGCCGGCGUCGGUACCAUGGCGACGCGCCUCGGGUUGCCGCUGGAAAUGGCGGUUUUCUCCGUGUUUUCCGCCCGGGAUUUAUCCACUUUCCUGCUGUUGGUGUUGUCUAGCGUUUCGCAGGCUCAGAUCUUUUCUCUCCCUUUCCGGCAGCCGGAGACCUGCGGCCAGGACCAGUACUUCGAUAUCUCUGCGCUCUCCUGUGCCCCGUGUGGAGCCCACCAGAGGCAGAGUGCUGAAGGUACGUCAUGCGUGUGCCUCGCUGGAUUUCAGAUGAUCUCUAAUAACGGAGGACCUGCUGUUGUUUGUAAAAAGUGCCCGGAGAGCAUGAGAGGUGUCACCGAAGAUGGUUGGAACUGCAUUUCUUGCCCUGGUGGCUUAACUGCAGACGGAAAAUGCCACUGUCCCCCUGGCCAUAUUUUAGUGGAAAGAAAUGCUAAUGGAACAUUGUUGUCUCAAGCAACUUGUGAGCGCUGUGAUGAAACGGAAGAUUCCUUUAUGGUUGCAAAUGCUUUAGGAAACAGGUGUGUCCGAUGCGAACCAACAUUCAUUAAUACCAGCAGGUCCUGUGCAUGCUCAGAACCGAACAUUUUAACAGGGGGAUUAUGUUUUAGCAGAAUGAACUUUCCUGCCCGUAUGAUUUCAACUGCACGUUAUUCAGAACUCGGCAUUUCCUUAAAUUCAGAAUGGUUUGCAAAGUACUUGCAGUCUUCAGCAGCUGCAUGUCGGAUGUAUGCCAAUCUAACCUCCUGUCAGACUCUUGGAAACAUGUGUGUAAUGAACAUGAACUCGCGUGAUCCUGCCACAUUUGAUGCAUGUUGGCUCUUCCAGUCUGUCUAUGAGAACACUGCUGCACUAGGCACUGUUCAUUCUAUUUCAUUUUGGAGGCAGAACCUUCCGUGGCUGUUCUACGGAGACCAGCUGGGAUUAGCACCUCAAGUUCUCAGGACCACGCCUCUUCCUACAAACUUCAGUUUUAAAGGGAAAAAUCAGAAUACAAAGCUGAAGUUUGUUGCUGCCUCCUAUGAUAUCAGCGGCCGUUUUCUCCAGUGGCAGUCUUUAGAAGGAGGUGUUUUACAGCUUUGUCCAGAUACAGAGGCAAGACUAAACGCUGCUUAUUCUUUUGGAACAACUUAUCAACAAAAUUGUGAGAUCCCUAUCUCUAAAAUCUUGAAUGACUUUCCCACUCCUAUAUUUUAUGAUGUAUACCUUGAAUAUAGUGAUGACAAUCAGCAGCAGCAUAUCUGGGCUGUGCCUGUGUUAAAUCUGAAUCUCCAGCACAAUAAAAUGUUUGUGAACCAAGACAGUAAUUCUGGCAAGUGGCUUCUGACACGACGCAUUUUCUUAGUGGAUGCAGUAAGUGGACGAGAAAAUGACUUGGGCAGUCUACCAAGAGUCGUUCGAAUUGCUACUCAGAUAUCACUGAGCAUCAACCUUGUACCCAAUACAAAGAAUGGAAACAUCUACCCUCCCUUAAUCACCAUUGCGUACAGGGACAUCGACACCAAAGACGCCAACAGCCAGUCUGUGAAGGUUUCUUUCUCAGUCACAUAUGAAAUGAAUCAAGGAGAAGCACAUGUCCAAACAGAUAUUGCCCUGGGUGUGUUGGGUGGACUGGCUGUUCUGGCAUCUCUUUUGAAGACAGCAGGAUGGAAGAGACGCAUUGGUAGUCCCAUGAUUGACUUACAGACAGUUAUGAAAUUCUUGGUGUACUAUGCUGGUGAUCUGGCCAAUGUCUUCUUUACGAUCACAGUGGGAGCAGGUCUUUAUUGGCUGAUUUUCUUCAAAGCGCAGAAGUCUGUCUCUGUUUUGCUACCAACACCUGUCCAGGAAGAAGAUUUUGUCAUUUAUGUAGGAUGCGCUUUCGCUCUGAAAGCUGUACAGUUUUUGCAUAAGCUCAUGUCCCAGAUAACUAUAGAUGUAUUCUUUAUUGAUUGGGAGAGACCCAAAGGAAAAGUUCUGAAAGCUGUUGAAGGUGAGGGUGGUGUGCGGAGUGCCACUGUUCCUGUAAGCAUAUGGAGAACAUAUUUUGUAGCAAAUGAAUGGAAUGAAAUUCAGACUGUGAGAAAAAUCAAUCCACUUUUUCAAAUACUUACUGUUCUCUUCUUUUUGGAGGUUGUGGGAUUCAAGAACCUAGCGUUGAUGGACUCAUCAUCUAGUCUUUCCAGCAGCCCAUCUGACUACGUCGCUCCUUACAGCCGCAUCUUGAGAUACGCAGUGUCGACUGCACUUUGGCUAGUCAUUGGAGUUAUACAGAUCGUGUUCUUUGCUGCUUUUUAUGAGAGAUUUGUAGAGGAUAAAAUUCGACAGUUCGUUGAUUUAUGCUCUAUGAGUAACAUAUCAGUAUUUGUGUUAUCCCACAAAUGUUUUGGAUAUUACAUUCAUGGUAGGUCAGUACAUGGCCAUGCAGAUACUAAUAUGGAAGAAAUGAAUAUGAAUCUUAAAAGAGAAGCGGAAAAUUUGUGCAGCCAGCGAGGUUUGGUACCCAACACAGAUGGCCAGACUUUUCAGAUGGCCAUUUCCAGCCAGAUGCGGCAGCAUUACGACAGGAUUCAUGAGAUGCUAACGAGGAAAAAUGGCCCUGCUAGACUACUGAGUUCAUCAACAAGUACUUUUGAGCAGUGCAUAAAAGCGUAUCAUACAAUGAAUAAAUUUCUUGGCUCGUUCAUCGACCAUGUUCAUAAGGAAAUGGAUUACUUUAUAAAAGAUAAAUUGCUUCUUGAAAGAAUUCUUGGGAUGGAAUUCAUGGAACCAAUGGAAAAGAGCAUCUUUUACAAUGAUGAGGGCUAUUCUUUCAGCAAUGUUCUGUAUUAUGGAAAUGAAGCCACUCUUCUUAUCUUUGAUCUGCUGUUCUUCUGUGUUGUUGAUUUGGCUUGCCAAAAUUUUGUUUUAGCAGCCUUCCUUACAUAUGUACAACAAGAGAUAUUUAGAUUCAUCCGUAAUACAGUAGGACAGAAGAAUUUGGCUGCUAAAACCUUGGUGGAUCAGAGAUUCCUGAUUUAAUUUGUUGAACAGACUCAAUUGUAGCAAAGAAUGUCAUGAUGUUAAGUUAGUCUGCCACAUAUUUUUAAAUUUUUAAUACAGAUUAUUCUGUUUUUUAUUCAUUUUUAUCUGCACAAAGAUUUAUUUUUAUAAUCUGUGACUGUAUGACAUGUUACAAUGGAAGAUGUCAUUUUCUCACUGUAUAUGGCACUUCAUACUCUAAUUAGCACUUCAGUGAAACGGGAAAAUGUGUUUAGUGUGACAGUUUUAACAUUAAUCAAAAUCAUCGCCAUUUGUCUUCAGAUCAUUUUAUAAACUAUGACAUGUCUUUAUUUUCUCGCAUUGACAUAAUUAUUUCAUUCCAAAUUCAGCACUAAUUUUCAGAUAAGUGUUUUUAUGUUUUACCUCUUUGUGGUUAAAUGUUGAAAGAUGUUUCCAAAUUUCUAAGGUUACGUUUAUUGUACUGCUAAUUGCGUUGUUCACCUGGCUUGACAGUGAGCUAAUUCUCAUGAAAUGGGAAUUCCUUUACAAUCUUGCAUUAGUUGAGUACUUUUUCCACAAGGUGUCUUACAUCUCUAAUGUAACUGACAUUUAUGAAGCCAGUUUGCUUUUAUAUGCAUUUUUAACAACUUAAUCUUUUAAAGGUACUGCUCCAAAGCUUUGCUCUUUAUGCUAAAGAUUGUAAAUUACAAACUGUGUCUUUCUUGUGUUAUAUUGACAAGGUGUUUCACUGAGCUAACUUGGGCUUUAUAGGUCAGCAAGCCUGCAUUUUGGGGGAAAAAAAUACACGCAAAGUAUGAUUCAAGUGAAUUCUGAACGAAGGAUUUCAGUUACAUGAUUUUUUUCUUCAGUACUUUUAACAUUUUCCUCAUUGUGUACCUUGUACUUGAAAGGCCAUACAUAUUUGAGGUAUGAUGGCCAUCAGCUGCUGAAUCAAUGCUUCAUACUACUUUCUGUGUUAAUUACAUGUAAAUACUUAAUUGCAAUCCUAUGUAUUAUGUUUGCUUUUAAAUUGUAAAUAUGUAAUAAACCAUGUGGUGUUU